UUUUGGGUUGGGUUGCGUUUGUUGAUCCAGCAGCGUAAAGCCUGGCUUGCUCACUCGCCGUACGACGCGCACGGAUCUAAUGUGGACCUACAAUCAGCUUAGCGGACCGUAGCUGGUACAGGACAUUCGCGAACGCACGUUAUCUUUAUAUCGCCUAUAUAUUGUAUAGCGGCAGCGCAUCGUGGCGAUCACAAUUGUUUCGGUCUUAUAUGUGGUCUGCGGUUCUCUGAGCCAUUCGUGGAGGAACCUUUUCUUCAUUUAGUGGGUUCAUCUCGGGUUCAUUCUGCAACAGGUUUCUGUAAUAAACCAGCGCUACAAAGUUGUCGGACAACAUCAAAGGAGGCUGCUGAAAAUAUAAUGAUGUGUAAACGAAGAGGAUAAUACAUGCACACUUUACCUGCAUAUGUAACAACAAUAAGAAACACUUCUUGGCAGACAAAGGAAAGACCGUUAUAUUAUUUAUAUCUACAAUAUAAGGAAAUAUAAAGAAUAUACAAUAUCUUGAACUGCUUUUCAAAAUGAUGCCGAUGUUUUUGACCGUGUACCUCAGCAACACCGACUUCACCGAGCUUCCUAUUACACCGGAGACGCUGUGUCGAGAUGUGGUGGACAUGUGUAAAGAGCCGGGAGAGGUGGACUGCUAUCUGGCCGAGAUGUGGAGAGGAUCUGAGCGUGUGAUUGGUAACAGCGAGCGAAUCAUUGAGGUGCUGCAGCGCUGGGGUCAGCAGAGGGCGGAGGUGCGAUUCUUCCUGCGACAUGACCGAGCACCCGGACACGAUACUGGAGGUCACAGAGCUGCAGAGCCUCUUGUCAGGAGAAAUGCAGUGAAGGGAAUGAUGGACAGACAGAUGGAGAAUGGAAUGGUUCCCCCAUGUAUGGACAUCACUCUUAGUGAACUGCAAGAGAUGGCAUCACGGCAACAACAGCAGAUCAAUGCACAACAACAGGUCUUGGCCUCUAAGGAACAGCGACUGCAUUUCCUGAAGCUGCAGGACCAGCGGCAGCAGCAGCAGCAGCAGCAGCAGACAUCUGAUCAGGAGAAACUGCGACAGCUGCGGGAGAAUGCAGAGAACCAGGAGGCCAAACUGCGCAGGGUUCGAGCUCUGAAAGGACAAGUGGAACAGAAGCGCAUCAGCAACAGCAAACUGGUGGAGGAAAUUGAGCAGAUGAACGGUCUGUUCCAGCAGAAGCAGAGGGAGCUGGUGGUGGCUGUGAGCCGGGUGGAGGAGUUGAGCCGACAACUGGAGAUGUUACGUGGCGGUAAAGUAGACAUGCCUCUCGAGGCUGGACCGAGCUCCACUGGAGAACUAGAGCGACUGUAUAAAGAGCUUCAGCUGAGGAAUAAGUUGAAUCAGGAGCAGAGUGGCAAACUCCAGCAGCAGAGAGACAAUCUAAACAAGAGGAACCUCGAGGUGGCUGCCAUGGACAAAAGAGUAGCUGAACUGAGAGAGAGACUCUGGAAGAAAAAAGCUGCUCUUCAACAGAAAGAGAACUUGCCCAAGCCUGAAGGGCAGAGCUCUCAGUCUACUGGCACACCCCGGGUUGCCGCCGUUGGGCCGUAUAUCCAAACCACCCCAGCCCCUCCAGUUCCUCCCAGGCAGGAGAUUCUGGUGAAGCCUGCUUACCCCGACGGCACAGCCACCCUUCCCAAACCGCUCACCAAACCCACCAUAGGUAUUGGUUUCCUGACAAGUAAAAUUUCCAACGCUGAAACCAACAGCAGCUCCCAUGUCCACUCCUCCACUCUUCCCCGCAUGACCAGCCACACCUCCCAGGAGAAAGAUCCUGAGGCAGAUUUGAGACCGCCACCUUUGCCCUUGUGCAAGAACCAGAGUAGCGAGGACCUCUUGAGGGACGCACAGUCUGCAGGUAGAACAUUCGGGAAGGUUCCUCCUCCAGUUCCCAGCAAGCCAAAACCUGCUCUAUCAGGCCAGUCAACCUUCAGCAAACCUCCAUACAGCACCGGCACCUUCCCUGGCAAAGCCAGAUCAGCCAGUCAGAAACCUCCAAUGCCCCUUCCAUCUCAAAAUAACACCUUACCUUUACCUUUACCCCCUAAACCUGACACUUUACCCGCCGCAACAGUCCCUCCUUUCACAUCAGAGACUUUGGCAGGGAAAGAAACUUCCACCACCCUCCACAAGCACAAGAUGGGGGCAGCGAGUAGUGACAUCAUCUCGAUGUACACCCAGCACAGCACUCUUGGGAAGGGCUACCAAGGGCAAAGUACGCUUAUCCGUUCACAGCCUCGAUUAUACGGUAAACCAGUCAUCCCAUCCAGCGGGGGGCAGUAUCCCCAGGACAGCAGUUAUCUUGAGAAACCUAGUGGUCUAGAUAGUGAACAGGUGGAACAGGGCACCAGUGUGGCCCCUGCAUCCUCCUUCGUGGAGGGCCAGGAAAUGGAGCGUGUUCCAAGACCCCUUAGUCCGACCAAACUGCUACCGUUCCUCUCAAACUCCCAUCGGCUCCAGAGCGACGUUGACUUGGAGGCCCUUAGAAAAAGACUGCACCACGCGCCCCGACCUCUCAAGAAGCGCAGCUCUAUAACGGAACCUGAGGGACCUGCAGGUCCCAACAUCCAGAAGCUCCUCUACCAGAAGACUACAUUGGCAGCCAUGGAGACCACCACCGGCACCCCAACAACAUUCUUUCAGGCAGAGGCAGAGGAUGGAGGCCGGCAGGCUGACGCUGAGGGCACUAGACCCCAAGAGGGACCCCAUGAUAUGACGAUACCCGAGUGUGAAAGAGAGGAAGAGGAUCUGACCCCUCCACCCCUUCCUCCUCGAUCUCCUAUCCUGAAUGAUACCACCAUCAACAGCUCUGGACUGAAGGAACCACCCGUGAAGGAAGAACUGGAAGUCUAUGGUCCGGCUGCACCGGAGCCCUAUAUUGAGGACUACCCACCUUACCCCCCACCUCCAUAUCCCAGUAUGACAGAACAGGAGGUACCAGGGGAAGAGAGUGCCGAAAUGAAGGCUCCAGAGGUCACUGGACAAGUAACAUUACCGCCGGGCAAAAGGACAAACCUUCGUAAGACAGGCUCUGAGCGCAUCAACCAUGGGAUGCGUGUGCGGUUUAACCCACUGGCACUCUUGCUGGACUCAUCUUUAGAGGGUGAAUAUGACCUGGUCCAGAGAAUCAUAUACGAGGUGGAGGACCCCAGUAUGCCCAAUGAUGAGGGCAUCACCGCUCUGCACAAUUCUGUAUGUGCUGGACACACGGAGAUUGUAAAGUUCCUGGUGCAGUUUGGAGUGAAUGUGAAUGCUGCUGACAGCGAUGGAUGGACUCCACUGCACUGUGCUGCCUCCUGUAAUAAUGUGCAAGUGUGUAAGUUUCUAGUGGAGUCUGGAGCUGCAGUGUAUGCCACGACCUACAGUGAUAUGCAGACAGCAGCAGAUAAGUGUGAGGAGAUGGAGGAAGGCUACACCCAGUGCUCCCAGUUUCUCUAUGGUGUGCAGGAGAAGAUGGGCAUCAUGAACAGGGGUGUUGUUUAUGCCCUGUGGGACUAUAAGGCUGAGAGCCCAGAUGAGUUGUCCUUUAUGGAGGGAGACUGUCUGACCGUUUUACGAAGAGAGGACAGUGAAGAAACCGAGUGGUGGUGGGCGAGAUGUGCCGACAACGAGGGCUACAUACCUCGCAACCUGCUCGGGCUGUACCCUAGAAUCAAGCCCAGACAGAGGAGCCUUGCGUAAAAUCUCCAUUCAGAUACUCCAAACAUCACCAUUCCGUCCGUAUGGAAAAGGACAUUUAUGCACACAUUCACCAGCGCUGAUGAGCCUGAGGUUUCCCGGGGAGUUUUGUCAACUGUUUCAACAAUCGCUUCAUUCUGAAGUGUAAAAGAAAGUUCUGCUCUGAAGAUGAACAUAUCACAUUUACAUUGCAAUAUCUGACGAAUAAUAGUUUUAUAGUGGUAGGCUGAAUUAGUGUAUUCUGGGAUACUUAUAGAAAUAGGUCACCCAAAAAUGACAAUUCUGUCAUCAUUUACUGACCCUCAUGUUGUUCCAAAACUACAGGAUCCAAAAGUACUGUAUCAUAAACAUAUUUCACGCAACUCGUGCAUCAUAUUCCAAGUCUUCUUAAGGCUUAUGAUAGGUUUUGAUAAAAACCCCGAAAUGUAAGUCCUUUUUCAGUGAAAAUGUUGAUGUUCGUUGUGCUUCUAAGCGCUGAGAGAAGCUUGUUUACAGUGGCUCAUAUAUUGCAUUGUUUAGCGCUAAAAACAACUCGAGACUUGGAAUAUGAUGCAAAACUACGAGUAAAACGGCGCACGAUAUUCAUUAAAACAUCUAUUUUUGUGUUCCGCAUAAGAAAGAAAGUCAUACGGGUUUGGAACACCAUGAAGGUGAGUAAAUUGACUGAAUUUUCAUUUUUGGUUGAACUAUUUCUUUAAGUUGAAAAGUCGAAAAGUCAAAGAAGUGUCCCAGACUACCCUAUUUACCCUAUAAUAAACACGAUUUGUAAGGUUAAAGGCUUUUUUCUACAUUAGAACAGAUAGACUGAACUUAGAUGCACAUUUUAGAGGCGGGGUUUAAGCAUGUGUAGUUAAACUACGGGAGUAUUUGUUAAUGGUACAGAUGCAUUAAUACAGUCAUGUAAGUAUUAUGUCUAAUAUGAAGGAUUGUCAGAUUUAGUGAUGUCAUUUUUUCAUCUUUCUGAACAAAUGCUAAUUUUCUGCUUCAUUAGUUUGACAAAUGGCAUCUGGUUUCACAAAAAGCUGUGCAAAAAAAAGCAGAUAAAAGGUUUUAUAUAAUACUUUUUCUUUUUUUUAUUUAAUACAUAAUGCGACGUUAUGUAAACUUGUUACUAUGGUGCUUGCUGCUAUGCUACAACAAUGUGUUCUGUGAACAAUUAACAAUUUAUUUUACUGCGCAAAGACGGCUUUUCAUUUAUCGUAAUAAAAACUAUAAGUCGGGA